GUUUAUAACAAAAAAAAUACUGUUUUCACACUAGAAAAUACUGCAAAACAGAAGUUGCCGAAUCUGCCCGAAGCGUGAUCACUGAAACACUACAACGAACGAAGACGAGGUUGUUGAGGUUAUUCAACCAUCAUCCAUCUCUCUUCCACCAAAAUUGGCCACGAUUGAGUCCCCCACUUUUUUAAUUUUUUUUAUAUAUAUAUUCUCUAUACUACGUGGAAUUCAUCCGUUGGAAAAGAGACCCAACAAAUGUCCUCCCAUAACAUUAUUACUCUUUUGAUUCCAUAUUAGAUGAACUGGAGAGUUUUGGAGAGCUACAAUCAGAGAUUUCAAACUAAACUUUUGUUUUCUACAUGUGACUGUUUUUAUGAAUUUUGGAGAAUUUUGGCCUAUAUCAUGAUAGAUUUGAGGGGGUAAGUGAAUGGGGACACUGGGUAUAGGUGUUACAGGGGUUACCGAAUUAUCUGAAGUGCAAACACAGCAGUGUAGAGUAGAAAAUUAUUGGUAUAAGCUAAAUGUGGUUCAUACCCAUUUGGGUAUCUUGGAUGAGAGAACAGGAAGCAUGAAUAUUGAUGAGUUUAUUAAAAAUGAUUGGACUGCUGAUAUCAAUCAGUCCACUGGUGUGGAAGGAAGCAAUAAUGGUUGUUCAGCAAAGUCUUUACAAAGUCAGGGAAGCCUACAUUUGUCGAGGACGGUUAGUGAGAAGAUGGUUGAUGAGGUGUGGAGAGAGAUACAACAAGGGGGGAAAAUUACUAGUAGUCAGGGAGUGAAGAGAGAGCCUUCCAUAGGUGAAAUGACUUUAGAGGAUUUUUUAGCCAAAGCAGGAGCCAUGGAUGAGUGUUCUUUAGAUCCUGUAAUGCCUUUGGAUAUUGCUGCUACCUCAGAAUGUUUCUCGCAGCAAAUGGGUUUAUCUCCGGUCCCUUCGAUUACUACACUGUGUGAUAAGCCCAAUUCGGGCCGGAGAAGGGACUUCACAGGUACAGUUGAUAGGGGCACUGAGAAGAGGCUUAAGAGAAAAAUUAAAAAUAGGGAAUCUGCUGCUCGUUCUCGUGCCAGGAAACAGGCUUACCACAAUGAAUUGGUGAGCAAGGUUUCGCAGCUUGAGGAGCAGAACAUAAGGCUUAAGAAAGAAAAGGAUCGAACGACCGACAGCCGGAUCAUACAGGAUCAGAAUAGGAUUGCUAGAAUCGGUUAGGAUCGGAACAGGAUAGCUCAGGACUGUAUGGUUGUACAAUAUAGUUCUAAAAUAAUGUUUAGUAUUUGCUAACGCCAACUUAUUUGAAAUCAUAGUUAAAGUAAACUCUCAAAAGUAUGUGUGGGGGACCUUGUUUUUUUGGAUAUAAAUAGGAUUAAUUUCAGUUAUUGUGGUUCCUUUAUUUUCCUCUUAUAUCUGUUCUUGUUUUAUUGGUUUAUUUGUCUUUUGCCUCCAUUUAUCUGUUGUUUGAUGUUUUAUCUGCUUUUAUAUUACUGAAAUCAUAGUUUGUUCUUCUAUUUGAUGUUAAUUGGUGAAAGCUAAAUUUUUUAGCAUCAGCUCAUUUUCUUUGUGGUUAUUUGUGCAAUGUUAAUUAUUGAAAGCUAAAAUUUUAUAAGUAGCUAUUGUUAUAAGUUAUAACUUAUAGAAAAAACUCCGCAAAAAAUGUGUUGUUGCCAUUUACAUUAAAUUAAAAUUAUAUAAUUCUGAUAAUUUUAUGUCCGAAAUUGUUAGCUAAUAUUAUGAAGUGGAAGAUUCUGCAGUUCGUAUAUAAAUUAAUUAACUGUUGAGCACAAGAUGGUCCUUUGUGAUUUUUUAUGUACUAGCAGUGAAAACACUCAAUGCAUAUGUGUAGGCCGUCCUACUUUAAUAAUCAUAGCUUCACGUCUAGAU